AUGCUUAGUGUCUCGAUCCUAGCUGGAGGCGUCGCUGCUACGACAGUCCUCUGUAUUGGAUACGUGGUGUAUAACAUCUUCCUGCACCCGCUGCGUAACUUUCCUGGUCCGCUUCUCUGUCGGGCUUCCCCAUUGUAUCGCCACUACAAGUUCUUGCGUGGAGAGCUUUUGUUCGAGACUGAACGUCUUCACAAGCAAUAUGGCCCUGUUGUGCGCAUCCGACCCAACGAGCUGUCUUUCAUUGACCCAGAGGCAUGGAGAGACAUCUAUGUCGCUCAUGGAGGCUCAGCUCGGCUUGGUGACUUCGCCAGAUAUGACAGAUUCUAUCAAUGGGCUGGUCCCAGCGCUCCAGAGACCUUUGUCUCUUUAGAUAGGCCGUAUCAUGAUUCUAUGAAGCGGCAGCUCUCGCCAGCAUUCUCAGAACGAUCGCUGCAGUUCCAGGAGCCCAUUAUCCAAGGAUAUACGGAUACACUCAUCCGCAAAUUGACUGAGGCUUCAAAGGACGGAAAGCCUGUCAAUCUGCGCGAGUGGUUUAACCACUACACUUUCGAUAUCAUCGGAAAUCUUGGCUUUGGAUCCGACUUUGGGGGCCUUGAAUCUGAGCAAUACCAUCCAUGGGUCAAAGCUGUGAGUCAGAAUGUUAGGGAGUUUGCCAUUAUGCAGGUAUUGAUGUACCUGGGGCUUCAACGAAUUGUCCAUGUUUUGUCAGGCAGCUCCCUUCUGAGGGGGAAGAUACUGCAUGAACAUCUCACAAGGGAGAAGGUCGAGGCUCGCAUCAAGGUGGAAAAGCCAAGACUGGAUAUCUUCCAACCCCUUCUUGACCGAAAACCGCCUCUGCUUAUGGAGAAUGCCACGAUUCUGAUCACAGCAGGCUCUGAGAGCUCUGUCACUCUAUUGGUGGCAGCAGUUUCUCUGCUGACUGACAAUCCAGCCAAACUCCAGAAACUAUCUGAGGAAGUUCGAUCAACCUUCAAGAACGAGGAAGAUAUCACAAUAGUGUCUGUCAACCAACUGCCCUACCUCGCUGCCUGCUUGAACGAGGCCCUGCGAUGUUUUCCCGCUGUCCCGCCUGCGUUGCCAAGAGUCGUCCCCCAUGGCGGUGCAGUUAUCGCUGGCCAUGCUGUGCCAGAGAAUACGGUUGUCGCUGUUGCUUCGUGGGCCACCAACCACUCUGAGCGAAACUUCAAAAAGGCUCUCGAAUAUCAUCCUGAGCGUUUUAUGAAGGACCCCGAAUUCUCUGAAGACCGUUUUGACGCGUUCCAGCCAUUUGGUUUGGGUCACGGAAAUUGCCCUGGUCGCAAUCUCGCCUGGGCUGAAACACGCCUGGCAUUGGCGCGCCUCGUCUACAAUUUUGACAUUGAAUCGGUGCCGGAAAGCAGAGGCUGGACUACUAAACAAAAAGCGUACAUGCUGUGGGACAAGCAGCCGUUUUGGGCAGUACUCAAAGCUAUUCGGUAA